UUAUUGUAUGGUAUGGUUUCUGACAACUACGGGAUAGUUGUGGAUUCCGGGUCUUCAGGCUCGCGGAUUCAGAUAUACAAAUGGAAAGACCCUGCUGGUCUACAGAACGAGUCUAAGGACCCAGCCAUUUUGUCAUCUGUGCCCCAGAUUGUGCAGGAGGACAAGUGGACCUACAAAAUCGACAAAGGGCUUUCAACGUUUGCAGAUCAUCCUGAGGACGUGUGGGAGGACCAUUUUGAGCCUCUGAUCAAAUACGCUGAGCAGAUUGUUCCAGAGGACAAGCUGGCAUCCACGCCCAUCUUUGUUCAGGCCACAGCAGGAAUGCGACUUGUUCCCGAGGAACAGCGUGAAAAGGUGCUGAAAAGCGUGUGCAAGGCGCUGAAGGAGGAGACGCACUUCCAGAUAGAUAGGUGCGAUGACCACGUGCAGGUGAUUGACGGCGAGACAGAAGGCAUAUAUGGCUGGAUCGGACUCAACUAUCUGAAGGGAAAGCUUAAUCAGUACGAUCCAAAGGUCCCUAUCUCUGACCACGACUCCUAUGGGUUUAUGGAUAUGGGUGGGGCGUCCACUCAGAUAGCAUUUGUUCCCUCGAAUGCAGUGGAAUUGGAGCAGCACAAAGACGAUCUGUACGAGGUGAGUUUGAGAAACGUGAAUGGAGAAAUACAGCGCUGGCCUGUGUUUGUGUCGACAUGGCUGGGAUUUGGAGCCAACGAGGCCCGCAAGAGACAUUUGAAAAAUCUGAUCACGACUCUUCCCGACGGCGUGAACUACGACAAAGAUGGAGACAGCACGUACGAUAUUUACGACCCAUGCUCACCCAAAAACAUGCACAUCAAACAGGAGCUGAACGGCAUCACUUAUGAGAUCACCGGUUUGGGAGACUACAAAACGUGUAUGAAGCACGUUUACCCGCUUUUGCUGAAACACUUGCCCUGUAAGGAAGAUCCGUGUCUUUUCAACGGGGUGCACGCUCCUACCAUCGAUUUCGAGAAAGAUAAGUUUAUAGGAGUGAGCGAGUACUGGUACACUGCCAACGAUGUGUUCCACAUGGGCGGAGCAUAUAAUUUCAAGAAGUUUGAGGAGAGACUGAAAGAGUUCUGCGAGCAGGAUUGGGAGCAGAUUGAACUCAACUUUAAGAACAAGCAGUACGGAAGCAACAUUCCAGAAGCCAUCCUCAAAGACUCGUGCUUCAAGGCAAGUUGGGUGGUCAAUGUGCUUCAUGAGGGCUUCGGGCUGCCGCGAAUAGGGUUUGAGACUGGCGAUCUGUCUGAAGAGGAAGUGGAAAAACUCAACAAGCAAGAUACUGAGCAUAUUCCGUUUCAGAGUGCAAACCAGAUUGACGGAGCAGAUCUCUCGUGGACACUAGGGAAGAUUAUUCUUUAUGCGUCCUCGCAAGUACCGUCCAACGAUGGUGUACCUGUUGGAGUGCUGCCGGGAGAA